AUGGUGACUGAAAGCGUUGUCGUGCUGACGCUGCUCGGGUACGACGCCCUCUUCUUUCUGAAUCUUUUCGACUACCAUGUGCUGAAUGGCGAUGCCCCAGGCCACGAUGUUCUGUACCGCCCGGUGUACUUCUUCGACAAGUACCGCAUUCCUCUCUCCAAGGAUAGGUUUCUACUCUUCUUCCACAUCCUGACCGCCGCGGCCCCACUGGUACUGUCUGCCACACAAUGCUGGAAGCUGGUCAGGAGACAGAGCUUGGCACUUCACCGCUGGACCGGCCGCAUCUGCAUUGCAUCAACGCUCUUGACCAUCUACCCUUCUUACAAGCUAGCCUGGGAAAUUGACACAGUGAGCGUCUACUUCCAAGCCGUCAUCGCUGCGCUCUCCGGUCUCUGGCUGCUUUCCGUUGCAUUGACGUGGUACUACGCUUGGAAGCGGGACAUCCCGCGGCAUCGCGACUGGGGCAUUCGCUUUGCUGCUUAUACUCACACCAUCCCGGUGCUUUCGAGGAUCGUCUCGAUUCCAGUGUGGCUCGCUGCGGGGGCACCGCCUUAUGAGCUUUACCCUGAGCUAAAAUCAUCGACUCCGGAAACUUUCUGGCAAGUUGUACUUUUCACAGCCCUGCUGCUCUUCCCCUUGUCGGAGAUGAUGGUGCACUUCGCUCGACAGAAGCCGAAAUCGUGA